AUGACUCUUCCCAUUCGCAUUAAUCACUCGGCCCGUCCUCCUCUCGAAUUGCUCGUCUGCCCGUGCGCUCUGCUCUCGCCCUCGGACGCGUCGGUGCGGCAACGUCUCGACCACUUCGGGUACAAGCCUCCUCUUUCGCCUUUUUGUCUUCCCACGCUCAUGCUCCCCACGUCGCCAGCACUACUCCGCUUUCAGUUUCGUCUUGCUCUUCUGCCCUACUCGCUGCUCGUCUGUCUCACUCCUCCCCACUUUGCUACUACUUCGGUGCACCAAACACCCACGUGUGUGUGUGCGUGUGUUUGUGUGUGUGUGUGUUUGUUCACAGGUCCUGGGAGAGACGGGGGCGGUCGGAUUGUGUCCCCACCUGCCUGA